AUGCCGAUGGCGGACAAGAACCCCACGGGCAGAAUCAGACUGCCGCCCAGACCCGCCACGACGACGACCAACGACACUACUGUUGCUGCUCCUUCUCCCGCUUCCCCCAUUACUACGACGACUCCAAUUACCACUUCCAUCCGCAACACCAACAAUCUCACCUCCAUCCCUAGUCGUCACCCUGUGUCUGGUCACGAGGGAGGUUUUGUGCAGCCCUCCUCAUACCUCCGCCCGCGCGGUCUUUCGCAUCCAAUGCCCCCAACCCAGCCCGAAAGGGCGAUCGAUCGGGAAGAGCGACAGGGCCUACGUGCCAUUCGCAACUUCCUCAAAGUCCGUAACAGUUACGAUGUCCUUCCGCUCAGCUUUCGGCUUAUCAUCUUCGACACCUCUUUGUCAGUGAAAGAGAGUUUGAAUAUCUUAAUCCAGAAUGGCAUGUACUUCCCUUGUUUGGUGGAUAGUGCGGUGCGCCGUGUCCCCUGCCCGUUAUUCUUCCGCGAAAGGGUGCGACGUCGCAAACGGGCUAUUCGAUGCAUCGUGUCAGCUCCAUUAUGGGACUCUAAAACCUCGACUUUCGCGGGUCUUCUCACCACCUCCGAUUACAUCAAUGUCAUUCAAUACUAUUUUCAGAACCCCGCAGCUUUGGGUGAAAUAGAUCAAUUCCGACUGGACAGCCUCCGAGAGGUAGAAAAAGCUUUAGGGGUUGCUCCGCCGGAGACCAUUUCUAUCGAUCCGGAAAGGCCUCUCUAUGAAGCCUGUCGGCGCAUGCUUGACUCUCGGGCUCGACGAAUUCCUUUGGUUACUAAUGAUAGUCAAACGGACAGAUCACAUGUCCUGAGUGUAGUUACACAGUACCGUAUCUUGAAGUUCGUCGCCGUCAAUGUCAGUGAGACACAGAAGCUGCGCAGACCCCUGGGGGAGAUAUUGCUAGGCAGCUAUGAAAAUGUAGCAACAGCAUCAAUGGAUACGCCUGUUAUCGAUGUAAUCCAUAUCCUUGUGGAGCGGAGCAUAUCGAGUGUGCCUAUUGUAAAUUCGGAAGGUGUUGUGUACAACGUCUUCGAAUCAGUUGAUGUUAUCACAUUGAUCAAAGGUGGUGUAUACGAUGACUUAAGCCUAACGGUUGGAGAGGCGUUGAAAAAGCGGUCCCCAGAUUUCCCUGGUAUCUAUACAUGCUCGUUGAAUGAUGGUCUGGAUACUAUCUUUGACACAAUUCGCAAGUCUCGUGUUCACCGCCUGGUAGUGGUGGACGAAAACUUCCGACUAAAAGGCGUUCUCACAUUGAGUGAUAUUCUGCAAUAUAUCCUUCUAGAAGGCGAAAACGACGAAUCGUCUUGA